AUGUUAGGUGUUUGUACACCUGAUAUGCAUUUUGUUUAUGCUCUUCCUAGUUGGGAAGGUUCUGUUGCUGAUGGAAGGGUUCUUCGAGAUACCAUUAGUAGGAGACAUGGAUUAAAAGUUCCUCAUGGUUGUUAUUAUCUAGUUGAUGUUGGAUACACAAAUUGUGAGGGAUUUCUUGCACCUUUUAGAGGACAAAGAUAUCAUUUGAAUGAGUGGCGUCAGGGUUACCAGCCAAGUAUUCCGGAGGAAUUUUUCAAUAUGAAACAUGCUUCAGCGCGUAAUGUUAUUGAAAGAUGCUUUGGGUUAUUAAAACUUAGAUGGGGAAUACUUAGGAGUCCAUCAUUUUAUCCUGUGAGGGUGCACAAUAGAAUCAUUAUUUCCUGUUGUUUGCUCCAUAAUUUUAUUCGAACCUAUAUGAGUCUUGAUCCUAUUGAAGCGGAGUUGGGAGAAGGAUUGCCUAGUAAUGUGAUAGAUGACAAUGAUCCGAAUACCGUAAAUAUUCAUCCAUCAGAUGCAUGGUCUACUUGGAGGAUGGAACUAGCCAACCAAAUGUUCGAUGAAUGGCAAGCAUCUAGAAAUUAG